CCCCGAGCAUGUAUGACUACCGACGCAGCCGGGAAAGGGAACGGCCGCGGGACGAGUCAUACCGCCGAAAGUGCAGCAGGCGUAAGCACAAACGAAGGCGGCGUAGAACCAGGUCCUAUAGCCCAUCCUCCUCGCCCCUGGAUUCGGUAAGUAGUGCAAUCUUUCUGAUUUGGAAUUUUUUGUCUUUACGUAGGCGGCUUUUGCUUACACUGUCAUUUUUUGGGGGACAUUUUCAUUUUUAUGCGGUUAUUAAGAACCGGCUUCAAAAUGCUUUCAGUCUCUCACACACACACACACACACACACACAUGUUUUGAACAACAGCAACAAAAUAAAAACACAUUACAGUCGUCCCUCACUCUAUCACACACUCUAUACCAGGGGUCUCAAACUCAAUUUACUUGGGGGGCCACUGGAGCUCGGGUCUGGGUGAGACUGGGCCGCAUCAGGUUUCCAAAAACAAAAAAAAACGCAUUUAUUAAAUAAAAAAAAAAACAAAAACAAAACUUUGCUUUGGUUCCAAUUUUCUACAAUAAAAGCUCUGAUAAAACAUUCCACUGUUCUCAAAUAUCUUACUUUUUAUUUUUCUACAGUGGUCUAAAGUGAAAUAUAGUAAUAUUUCAUAAUAUUUUUAUGUUUUUAUACUAUUUCAUAGUAUAAUAAUAGCAUCAUAGCAUAGUAAUAUUUCAUAGUAAACCUGUUUACACCCAUCUAAAUACUGUUUUAACAUUAUUAGAGCCCUCUUGACAUGAAAUAACACCCCUAUAGUCACCUGAUACAACAUUCCACUGUUCUCAAAUAUCUUAAAUUUUAUUUUUCGACACAAAAUAAGAUGAAAAAUAAAUAAACAAAUCAAGAAUAAAGAAAAUCAAUCAGUAAUAAAUAAAUCAAUAUAAUAAUAAUAAUAAAACGGCAAAUAAUAAAAACUUAAGAAACCAUAUAGUUGGUGGGUAGACAAAUUAUUUUUUUCAGAUUAAAAUUAAUUAGCCACUCCAAAUUGUCCAUAGGUAUGAAUGUGAGUGUGAAUGGUUGUUUGUCUGUAUGUGCCCUGCGAUUGGCUUUCGACCAGUCCAGGGUGUACCCCGCCUUUCGCCCCAAAGACAGCUGGGAUAGGCUCCAGCAUAUCCCUGCGACCCUUGUGAGGAAAAGCGGUAGAAAAUGAAUGAAUGAAUAAUAAUAAUAAUAAUAACUCCGGUUUCCUCCCACAAACAGCACUCGAUUCAUCACACUGCAACUUAAUACUCAAAAUGUGUACAAACAAUACUAAUACUAGAUUAUACUGAUACUAAAAUACUAAUACUAAAAUGCUAAUUUCGCAAGGGGGUGGCACAGCUCGGAGACCAGGGUUCAAUUCCACCCUCGGCCAUCUCUGUGUGGAGUUUGCAUGUUCUCCCCGUGCAUGCAAGACAGCUGGGAUAGGCUCCAGCAUAUCCCCGCGACACUUGUGAGGAAAAAGCGGUAGAAAAUGAAUGAAUGAAUGGAUAAUCUAGAGCCAAUGCGCGGAUGCAUGCAGAAAGUCGGAGCUUAUCGUUCGAUAAAUCGAUAUAUGCAUUAUCACGACAGGCCCAGGGGGACGACUGUAUGUCUGGUUUUGUUGCUAUUUUAAAGUAAAGAAUGUAAUAAAUAAAUAAAUCGCAGUAAAGUGAAAAUGUUCCGCCAAAUAUUAUAACAAAGGAUUCAAUUGAGAUCUUGACAUUCCGAUAUCUUCCAAAUUAUUAAAUUGCAACUUGGACCGCACCAGAAGUCUAGAUUUCAGAUAAGCAGGUUCUUGCUUGCUAACAUUUUUGGGUCCACACCUCGAAGCUACUAAGGUCUGAUUUAGUUGUACUACUGUUGUCUUUUUUUUUUUUUUUGGGUCUUUGCGUUUGAAUGAAUGGUUGGAUGUGGCGGUUGCUUCCUUGUUUUUAUAAGCAGCUGUGGUUUAAAAGGCAAAAGAGUUGGUGGGGGGGGCGGGGGGGUUGGGAAAGCAGAGGACAACAUGUGAUCUUUGACUUGUUCCCUUGCACUAUAUCCCUAUCGUUAUAUAUUCCCUUCACGUGGUGUCAUGCGUGAAUCGCUCCAUGACCACCAAAUCCACCACCAACCAACCAUCAACUACCACCCUCCUCCUCCCUCCUCCGUCCGCCUGUGCCUGCCUGCCCUGACGCCACGGCUGCCCCCCCUGAAUACCCCAUGAUCCAUUUGGUCGCGUCGUGACCUGCUGAUGUGCGGUUUGGGUGUGAAAAACAGCGGAGCAACAGCCGGACGCGGGCACUGAGUGUGAGGGACGACGAGGAAGGGCACCUGAUCUGUCGGAGUGGGGACGUCCUGCAAGAGAGAUACGAGAUUGUGAGCACUUUGGGGGAAGGCACCUUCGGGAGGGUGAUGCAGUGCAUCGACCAUCGCAGGGGCGGCACCAAUGUUGCCCUGAAAAUUAUCAAGAACGUGGAAAAGUACAAAGAAGCAGCCCGCCUUGAGAUCAAUGUGCUGGAGAAGAUCAACGAGAAGGACCCUGACAACAAAUUCCUCUGCGUGCAGAUGUACGACUGGUUUGACUACCACGGUCACAUGUGCAUCUCUUUUGAGCUGCUCGCUCUCAGCACCUUCGAUUUCCUCAAAGAAAACAACUACCUACCCUACUCCAUCGGUCAGGUCCGACACAUGGCCUACCAAAUCUGUCUCGCUGUCAAGUUCCUGCACGACAAUAAGCUGACACACACGGACCUAAAGCCUGAGAACAUCCUGUUCGUCAACUCGGAUUUCACUAUGUCUUACAACGUGGAGAAGAAGCGAGAAGAAAGGACGGUUAAAAGCACGGCGGUACGCAUCGUGGACUUUGGCAGCGCCACUUUUGACCACGAGCAUCACAGCACUAUCGUCUCCACCAGACACUACAGAGCCCCCGAGGUCAUAUUAGAAAUGGGCUGGAGCCACCCCUGUGACGUGUGGAGCAUUGGCUGUAUCCUAUUUGAGUACUACCUGGGCUUCACCUUGUUUCAGACCCAUGACAACAGGGAGCACUUAGCCAUGAUGGAGAGAAUCCUCGGACCCGUGCCAUCCAGAAUGAUUCGUAAGACAAGGAAGCAAAAGUAUUUCUAUCGAGGCCGCCUGGACUGGGACGAGAGCUCCUCGGCGGGGAAAUACGUCCGGGAGAACUGCAAGCCCCUGAGGCGAUACUUGCUGUCGGAGGCGGAGGAGCACCAUCAGCUCUUUGACCUCAUCGAAAGCAUGUUGGAGUACGAGCCGUCCAAGAGACUGGCGCUAUCGGACUCCCUCAAACACCCCUUUUUCGACUGCGGAAGCGGCUGCGAGGCGGCAGGCAGCAAGAGCUGGGAGGCCAACCGCGACAUCAGCCGGUGAUGCUCCGUUCAGCAAACCCGGUCCAAAGACUGGUACAGAGCACGUUUACUAUACACAAGGGGGGGGGUAGGUGAGCUGUUAUGCGGUGGUGGAAUCACGGGAACCUACAGCUGAGAGAGGUCCGAGAAGUGGGGGGGAAGUGGUUCAGAUCAGACCUUUUUUUGUGCACCCAAAGUAGCCCCUCUAUGCAGCCCUCGUCUUCCUCAUCAACGUCCGUCCAUCAACAUUACGUGGGACAUCAAGACUGGAGGGAAUCAAGUCCGUUUCGGAGAAAGAAAUGUCUUCCUCUUAAGAGUGAUUAGCAUUUUUCUACGUUUUUAAGCAUAAACGUGUGCUCGUUAUUCACCAGUAUGAUAUUGACGCACACUCCACCUCUCCCAGUCUUAUUGGUUUGUUACCCCCGGCGAGCAAGCACUGACUGUGGGGUUUAUUUAUGUGUUUAUGUGAUGAUUAUUCUAUUUUUUUUUUUUACAUUAUGCAUUGCUUUCUACGUGACGGUAUAAGGAGGGUGUUUAUCUUCAUGUAUCACGCAGGAAGUUCUCUCAUACUUGCCUUUUCCUCCAUGCGUGAUGUCAUCACACAAGAAGCCAAGCACAUCCUUCCUGGCGGCGUCCAAAGGAGCCCCGCGCAACUUGUAUGACAAUAUUUAUUUUUCUGUGAAUGGGUGUGGGUGUGGGUGUGGGCCGCCUCCCCCUUUCCUCCCGAUAGGUCAUUGCCCUUUGCCUCCCAUACCUUACCUACAUGGGGAGUUUUUUUUUUUGUAUGAAAUGAUAAAAAAGUGUAUAUAUGUAUGUAUAAUGCUGUAGAAUUAAAAAGUCAUCCUUUC